GGCUCUACGUUGCCCAUCAAUACCAUUGGAGUUACACAGCUGGGCAAAUCUGUUUGGGGCUGUGGUCAUUCCAUGAAGGAAGAAAACAUAUUGUUCUGUUUUGUGGUAAUGAAUGGUCGAUGUAGUAAUUUUAAUGAGUCGUCUCACACGUUCACAUAUUAUUAAGCGGACGUUGUCGUGAAUCGAAGUGUUUAUAGUUUUUAAACUGAUUUUGGCGAGGAAAAAUAACUGCCGGCGCAGUACUUCGAACUUAACAUGUCCAAAAACAAGUUAAAUUUAACUUUGCCACCCGGCUCGAUAGAACCUGCCCCACCAAUUACUUCUGCCGUUCCAGUACCUGUCCAUGUGGAAGCUCCAGUGGUGCCAGAAUCCAGAACACUCUGUUACCGAGAAAGCCUGUUUGAUGAGCUGGAGGUUUCUAGGGGCCAAUUUUAGGGAGAAAGGUUGUAGCAACUGGAAGAUUCAAUGGGCUUUUAGUUGACCGAAGAGAAUCACCCUGGCCCUGAAGAAACCCAUCUCGGUUGCCCUUGUGCCAUUUAUCAGCGUGACCUUCAGUUGCAUAAGCAGAAUGCUGUCCAUGUAAAAAUGAAGUUUGCGGGGCUCCACCAAGGAAGAUUUCCAGUUUCUUUUGGCGUAUGAAGAACAACUUGGAACAUCAGACUCCGGAAUCAUCUGUAGGCCCAAAACAUUAUACAGGAAGCACUUCUGUUUUAGGCGAGGUACUUUAGUGGGGAAGACAAGUAUUGAGGCUCUUCAAGAGCGACUGGAAGAACUUCAGAUGGAUGAUACACAGCGCAAACGUAUGGAAUUCUUCCUAUGCCAAAAAGAAAAGAUUGGAGAACUAAGUGAUGAUGAUUUCGAAAAACUUGGAGAGCUUGGUGCUGGCAAUGGUGGUGUGGUAAUGAAAGUUCGACAUCGCUCUAGUGACCUUAUUAUGGCCAGAAAGUUAAUCCAUUUAGAAGUAAAGCCUGCCAUUAAGAAGCAGAUAAUUCGAGAGCUGAAAGUUCUACAUGAUUGUAAUUUUGCACAUAUUGUAGGGUUUUAUGGAGCAUUUUACAGUGAUGGUGAAAUAAGUAUCUGUAUGGAAUAUAUGGAUGGUGGAUCAUUGGAUCUCAUCUUGAAGAAGGCUGGACGAAUUCCAGAAUCCAUAUUAGGAACUAUUACUUCGGCUGUUCUGAAAGGCUUAAGUUAUCUGAGAGAUAAACAUGCCAUUAUACAUCGUGAUGUCAAACCAAGUAACAUUCUUGUUAAUAGUGGUGGAGAAAUAAAAAUAUGUGAUUUUGGAGUGUCUGGUCAACUUAUAGACUCUAUGGCAAACUCUUUUGUUGGAACACGCAGUUAUAUGUCGCCAGAAAGAUUGCAAGGAACACACUAUUCAGUACAGAGUGAUAUUUGGUCACUUGGGCUGUCUUUGGUUGAGAUGGCUAUAGGAAUGUAUCCCAUUCCUCCUCCUGAUGCUAAAACACUGGCUGCCAUAUUUGGUCAAAGGAUGGAAUCAGACAACCACAUUCAUAUUCCACCCUCCCCAGUUAAUAGUAACUAUCUUCAGGGUUCCAAUGGCCCAAGGCCCAUGGCAAUUUUUGAAUUGCUGGAUUAUAUAGUGAAUGAACCACCACCUAAACUUCCAGCUGGUAUCUUUACAACAAGUUUCAAGGACUUUAUUGACAGUUGCUUGAAGAAAAAUCCUGCUGAGAGGCCAGACCUGAAUACACUCAUGAAUCAUGAAUGGGUAAAGAAAGCAGAGUUAGAGGAUGUAGAUAUUGCUGGCUGGGUAUGUAAAACCAUGGACUUGUUGCCCACAACACCAACUAGGGUAGCACCCAACUUCUGAGAAACACAGUGUUAUGGCAGAAGAGCCAAUAACACUUCUUCUUCAAGUCAUAUUCUGCUUUGCAGCAAUUGUCUUGUGCAUUGUUGUGAUGUUAUGGUGCUUGCAAUAGUAAGCAGUGAGUUGAUUAACAUUUUUCCAUCAUCUUUCUGCAGAGAUGUGAAUAUUAUUGAAAUAUAUCAAUCAUUGUGUAUGUGUAUAUACGUAUAUAUCAUAAUAUCAGCCAAGAAUAUUUAAGAAGCUCUCAACACAUUUAAUGGAAGUGUUGUGUUCUAAUUAUUGCCUUCUGUAUGCAAAGAAUUCAUAGUGGACUACUAUUGAUUAGAAUCAAUGGUUGGUAGGAAUUUUAAUAUUAAAUUAUUUGUAAUAUGUAUAUUUUGUUGGUGUAGUAUGCUGUAACAUGAUGAAACAUGCCAUACAGAAAAUGAAGCAGGUUAUGCUGUGGUUUUAAUAAUGCAUUUUAUGGAAGAGUGGACAUUUUGGUUUGAUAAAUUUACGGGUGAAUCGCGGGUUUAGGACAUGAGAAGUGUGUAGCAUUGCAAAGUAGAUAGAUCAGAAUUCUUCCACAUCUUGUUAAUGUAGGUUUUCAUUAUUGCCAUUAUAACACAUAUAUUUGUGUGUGUGCAUGCAUGCAUGUGUGCUAUAAACUUGCUGUACAGAUUUACCAUAUAUAUACAUAUACACUUUUGAUAGGUACCAUGCUAGUCGUUUUAAAGGUGAACCUACUAUUCUGUAACCUAUUAGUCUCUUGGCAUGACAUAUCUGCCCUGUUAUGUCAUGUUGACAUGUCAUACAAGCAGUUGUGUUGUGUUUGAUCACUUUGUUACAUAUAGUUUUCGUAUAAUACUGUUAUGUAUGUUGAGGUCAUUGCUGUAAUGAUCAUAGACCACUUGUGUAUCACAGAAGCCUGAUGACAGAGUUGGACAUUAAACAAUUCCAGGGUAUAUCAGUAUUACAGCUAAAGAAGAAAAUCACAAUUUACAACAUUUAUGAGCAUAUGUACCGAAGAGCAGAGUUCCUCUGGAAUAUAUUUAUCCAAAUACUGUGUGCACUUUCUUCACAAAAAUGUUACAUUAAAACUGCUGGAAACAUCUAUUAGGAUUUGUACAGUGUAUCUGCCAUAAUUGCAGAACCAAGAUACUAUGUCAAUAAAAGAUUUAAUGUAGUGUGA